AAGGCUCUCUCUUAUGGACUCUCAGUUUUCUUUUUAUGGUUUUUUUGAUCUUUGAUUUCUUAUGAGUUGUCUAGCUAGAAUAUUGGUUGAAUAUGUGUGAUUCAUGUUGUUACAAUAAUCAAGCCUGAAAUAGUAGUUGAUUUGGUGUCGGUAGUGAUUGUCAAAAAAUCUUGUUCGUGUUUUUUAUUAGGUCUUGAUAUUUAAGAGAUUCAUGUGUGGAUUGAUAACUAUUUCUGGGUCUGAUUGAGUUUUCCAGAACUGUUCUCUCUUUUUGGACGAUUUUCGAGUGCUUAGUAAUCAUGCUAAUCUUUGAGCCCCCUAGAUAAGGCGAUUGUCGAAUUGGAUGAACAAUUUUAUGGUGUUCUUUUUACAUUUUCUUGCACUUUGGUUGUUUUAUUUUGAUGUCUUUUAUUAAUUAUGUGAGAAAAAAACCCUAUCAACUAGUAUUAGAGCCUUCGAGCUCUCUGGGGGUGCAACAAAAAUCUUUGGGUUAAUUUUUUCUUGGCUUGGCUUCUUUUUCUGGGGUGCAAGGUUUUUUUGAACAAAACACUGGGGUUUCUUUUAGAUUGUUUUCUUUUAAUAAAUUGAAAUAUCUAAUACUUGUCUCUUUUGUGUUGUUGUUUAGAAGCGAAAACUUGGUGAAAGGUAGUGAAUCAACCACGGUUUACUCCCAGUAGAGGAAGAGUUUCCUGCCCUCGGGUUGAGACUAGCUUAGUGUUCUUGUUACUGUAAAGGGUGUGGUGCUGAUGAUGUUUUGUAUAAAGAGCUAUGGAAGGCUUGUGCAGGUCCAUUGGUGGAUGUUUCAAAGAAUGGAGAGAGUUUAUUAUUUUCCUCAAUGUCACAUGGAACAAUUGGAGGCAUCUACAAAUCAGGAACUGAGUCUGAAUAAGAGGAUGACAAUGUUCAGCACGCUUGGAGACACGUGCAACAUGAAGGAAAAAGUUGAAUAUAUUUCCCUUUCCCUAGUAAUUGUGUCAUCUCACUACUUGUUGCUCUGUCAGCAAAAAAUUGAAAUGGAAUAUUGUUGCCUUGUCGGCUUAAUGAGUUUUGGUGUUGUUUUGUCGACUUAAUGAAUUGCUGCUAUUGUU